AUGAUACAAACAUUAGGAGGCCGGGGCGCGAUUCAGUCUAGGCACCUAGCUGCUUCAGUUAGGCAAAUACCCGAGGAGUCGAAAAACGAGACGGAGAGGUACACGAGUCUAAGGGCAUCUCAAGAGGAGCCUGGUACCAGACCUCAUACUAAUAUCAAAUCCGUGGUCCCUAGAGCACCGACAGCUUCAAGCACCAAAAGAAACAGAUAG